CAGAAGUAUAAAUACACCAGGUUGCUGCUUCCUCACUGUAGUCGUCGUCAAAAGUUGUGUUGGUGUAUCAAUCUGAGACUCCAAUACUACAACCACAGUCGACGUUUGUAGCUGUGUGCUCACUUGGAUCAUCACAUCUCAAUCAAGGAACUGUUUAUACGGAGACACGAUGGCUGGCACAGUUCUUGUCACUGGUGCCUCUGGCUACCUUGCGCUUCACAUCAUCAGCCAGCUCCUGGACAAAGGCUACAGAGUUGUUGGCUCUGUGAGAUCACAGGACAAAGCUGACAAGCUAUUGAGAAACUUCAAGAGCCAAAUUGGUUCCAAAGCUGACAACUUGUGCUUUUCAUUGGUUGCAGACAUUGCAGAGCCGAAUGCCUUUGACCAGACUUUUAAGGCAUAUCCAGAGAUUGAAGCUGUGAUUCAUACAGCUUCUCCGUUCACUAUGGGCUAUGCCGACUUUGAAAAGGCCUAUUAUACCCCGGCUAUCAACGGUACUGAAGGUGUGUUGAGGUCCAUCAAGGCACAUGGUCUGAAAGUUAGAAAAGUUAUUGUAACGUCUUCCUUUGCCAGUAUUAUGAAUGCUGCAAGGCUUCAUGAUCCAACUUUCAUUCACACCGAGGACGUGUGGAACCCAAUGACCAAAAAGGAUGCCACGCACGAUGAAUUCGCCUACUGCGUCUCAAAGAAGCUUGCCGAGGAGGCUGCUUGGAAUUUUGUUAAGAACAAUGAUGUGAACUUCACUAUGACCACCGUGUGUCCGCCAAUGAUUAUCGGACCGCAAGUCUUUGAUGAGGAUGCCUCUGGUAGCCUCAACCAGUCAAACCAGGUGUUUACAAAGAUUUUGGACACCAAGCCAGGUGAGAAAUUUAUCAAUGAUGUUCGUCUGCUCUCGUCAGAUGCUCGUGAUGUCGCUGCUUUCCACAUUAUCCCCUUGGAGAGAUCCAAUGUUGAAGGCCACCGUCUCUUCCCUGCUAGCAACCUUUACUCUGAACAAGAAGUGUUGAACAUUGUUCUUGAAAAGUUUCCACAACUCAAGGGUCAAGUCUCGGAAGGUGAGCAAGAAGAUACUGCUGUUUCAAUUGGUUUCUCCAAUGAGAAGACAAGGGAGCUUGUUGGUGGAUAUGAUUUCUUGCCAUUAGAGAAACAAGUUGUAGACGGCUUCCAACAGGUCUUGAAGGCUAGAGGUAUUUCUUUGUGA